GUAAAUCAAGUGCUAGAAGAAAAGUGAGUUGAUCCCCUUUUUGAGAAUUGACGAACUAGUAUGUGGUGUACUCCUGUACUAGUAGUAGUACUACAGUAGUAUCAAUUGGCCUUAAGCAAUCUGCUGCCUUGACCUGGACCCUCAAGAACCCAUGCACACAUCCCCCCCUUUUGAAUUAAAAAAAUGUGGGUUAUUUUUCAUAAAAAAUAACCCACCUUUUAGAAUUAAAGUUAUUUCAUGGGAAAGAUAACCCAUGGUUCUAAAAUGUGGGUUAUUUUAUUGCAAAAAUAACCCACAAAAACCCACAAUUUAAGAGUCAUUYUUUGGGUUAGAGGAGAACCAAGGAUAUUAAGUAUUGUAGUCAUUAAUGUUAAUUAAUCAAUGUUUUUUGGUGUUUAAAAUGGACCCAGCAGAUUUGUGGGUUAUUCUUGGGUUAACCCACACAAACAACUUGUGAGUUAUUUUGUGGGAUAUUUGUGGGUUGACCCAGGAACCCACAUUUCAAAACCUGGGUUAUUUCUGGUGAAAAAUAACCCAUGUUUUAGAAUCAUGGGUUAGUACAUGGGAAAAAUAACCCACGAAAUCAUGCCCCAGAUGUUGGAUUUCAAAGGGGGGAUUUGUGCGUGUGGGUUCCGGAAGGCCCAAUAAGAGAAAGAGAUACGGGCGACGACGGACGAUUAAUCCAACGGCAACCAUUUACUAGUGCUGCACACGAGAACGAGUUUUUCGAAAGUCCCCCCUGGGAAAUAUCCUUGUCACGAUUCAUCGCUAAUCAAAACACUAGUAAAUCAUUAGCUCCAGGUUUUCUCACAAGUCGGAUCUCGAAGUGUAGCCCCAUCAUUCAACAGUAAGGUASCUAACCCGCAAAUCCGACGACAACAUCAGCUACCGUCUCGGCAUUUAUCGCAAUUCUAAAUUCGUUAGCUACUGCACUAUUUAUCAUGGACGAACUCUUCAAGGUCUUGUCGUCGUCGGCACGCCUGGACAAAAGAAAACGCAAGAAGAAGAGGCAGCGGGACGAGGAAUCUUUCGAUGAGGACAACAACAACGAUACUGGUCUUCACCAAAACGAGGUGUCAACUCGGGCAACGCCCUCGCGCGACCGAACGGGGAAACGUGACACGAGUGAAAGCAAACGGCAAGCCGUACAUAAGGAACGCAUGGCAGCAUUCCGGCGUUCCAUGUCCAUUCGAAUCGCAAACAAACAAGACCCAGACCUACCCGAUCCCAUUUCGAAAUUCGACGAACUGGAGGCUCCUUGCUGGUGGAGAGGGAAGAGAUCCAGCACCAAUAGCAACAACGAAGAUGAUGGUGCGUCGGAUGACGACUCUGCCGAUGACUCUGUAGAUACGGUCGCAGUAUCUUCCUUUCAGGGCAUUUCGAAAGCAAUUCAGCGAAACGUCGAAGCAGGUAGGUGGAAAGAGCCAACUCCUAUUCAGAUGCAAUCGAUUCCUACUUUAUUAGAGCGACGGGAUUUGAUCGGCGCUGCGCCAACCGGAAGUGGUAAAUCAGGUGCUUUCAUCCUGCCAGCAAUAUUUUUGAGUGGGACUCCCUACCAUAUAUUCUAUAGUAACAAAAAUACAGCAACUGAUGAAAACGACAACACCAAGAAGAGCAAGAAGAAAGCAAAGAAGCAGUCCUGGAAUGUCGGGUCGAAGCAGGGAGAGAUUCGAUCCUUGAUUCUAGCUCCCUCGCGAGAGCUGGCAGCUCAAUUGUAUCGUGAGGUCGAGAGACUGGGGUUGGGCAAGCCGGGUGGUAUCUCGUCACUGUUACUAUCAAAAUCGAAUGCAGCCCAAGUCAUUGCAGGAACGGCCGGUGGCAAGAAAGGUCUCGAUGCUUUGGUUAGCACACCGCUUCGAUUGGUAGAUGCUAUUGAAAAGGGGUUGCGUCUAGACUCUGUACGAUUGGUAGUACUCGAUGAGGCAGAUCGACUGUUAGAUGCCGUCGACGGAAAAAGUACCAAACGCAGAGAAUCAAAGAAACACCAAUCUAAGAAGGACGACAGUGAUUCAUCCGAAGGAGAAGAUGAYGGGGAAGCCAUCACUCAGUCAUCCGGAUCGGAUCAAUCACACACAUUUCUGGUACAAAUGGACCGAAUCUUGAGCUCGAUUCCCUCCACUGCUGUCCGUGCACUUUUUUCUGCUACUGUKACCCCUACCGUGAAAUCGCUGGCGGAGAAUAUUUUGAGAAACCCUGUUGAUUUGAAAAUUGCUGCAGCUGGAAGUUAUGGAGGGGCAAAUACAGACAUUGAACAAGAACUCAUGUUUGUAGGUAGAGAAGAAGGCAAAUUAUUAGCUAUGAGGCAGUUGAAGCAACGAGGCGAWCUAAAGCCCCCUACGAUUGUGUUUGUGCAGAGCCAGGAACGAGCCACGGCACUUUUUUCCGAGCUCUUGUACGAAAAGAUGCAUGUUGAUGUUAUUCACGCAGGACGAUCGCGAACUGCUCGUGACAAUGCAGUAGCGAAGUUUAGGAGAGGGGAAACGUGGGUGUUAAUUUGGUGAGUGAACAUGUUUGCUAAACUUCCAUCGCUUUUCAAACUGUUGAGCUGUACACACUCUAACUUUKUGAGUUCUUUCGUUCCAUUCGAUAGCACUGAUCUAGUCGCACGUGGAGUUGAUUUCCGAGCAGUCAACAUGGUCAUCAACUACGAUUUGCCGACAUCUGGCAUCACCUAUGUACACCGUAUCGGACGUACAGGCAGGGCAGGCCGCAAGGGAAAAGCAAUCACUUUGUUCACCGAAUCAGAUUUUGAUAACCUUCGAACGAUCGCCAACGUCAUGAAACAAAGUGGGUGCAAGGUUGAAGACUGGAUGCUGCAAUUAAAGAAAAGGCCUCGUAACCAAAAGGUUCURCCACGCCGCGGGAGAAUUGAUACUACAUCGAGCUAUGACAAAAAGAAAAUGCACAAGAAGAAGCAAAUGAUUCAGGAAAGCAAGAAGAGGAAAAGGCGYAUAGAGAGUAAAGAUGAUGUGCAGAA